AUCCAUAUGGAGGAUGAAUCUCCUCCUUCAGGAGGAGUCAGUGUCAAGGUCUUGGAGGCAACAUUAUUGUCAGCCCUGAAGAUGCUGGAUGUUGGGAAAUGGCCAAUUUUUUCUCUCUGUUCCCAAGAAGAGCUCAAGUUAAUUCGUCAAGCCUGUGUAUUUGGCAGUGCUGGUAAUGAAGUGUUGUAUGCAACUGAAAAUGAUGAGGUUUUUGUGCUUGGCAUGAACUGCAGUGGGUGUUUGGGAACAGGUGACAUGCAGAGCACUAUUGAACCAAGGAGGUUAGAUUCUCUAUGUGGCAAAAAGAUAGCCUGUCUGAGUUAUGGAAGUGGCCCUCAUGUUGUUCUUGCUACAGAAGAAGGAGAAGUGUAUACAUGGGGUCAUAAUGCUUAUAGCCAGUUGGGCAAUGGUACAACAAAUCAUGGUUUCGUUCCCUGUCAAGUCUCUACGAACUUGGUGAACAAGAAAGUCAUUGAAGUUGCCUGUGGCUCUCAUCAUUCUAUGGUGUUAACAUCUGAUGGAGAGGUAUACACAUGGGGUUAUAAUAACUCAGGCCAAGUUGGAUCUGGUUCAACAGCUAAUCAACCAAUUCCUCGAAGAGUUACCAGCUGCCUACAAAAUAAAAUAGUAGUUAAUAUAGCUUGUGGACAGAUGUGCUCUAUGGCUGUGGUGGAAAAUGGAGAG